AUGGCUUCUUUAGCAGGAAAAGUGAUUACACUUACUGGUGCAGGUUCAGGAAUUGGUGCCGCGACUGCGAAGAUCUUAGCUUCGCGGGGGGCGUUCCUGGCCCUUGCAGAUGUCAAUAAGACCGCUCUGAACCAAGUGGCCGACAUCAUCCGGGCACAAGUCAGCACAUCAAUCUCGACAACCGUCGUCGAUAUUCGAGACCGAGCACAGGUAAAGGACUGGAUCAAAAAGACAACCGAGAAAUGGGGCCCGCUCGACGGAGCCGCCAAUGUAGCUGGCGUCGCUGGAAAAGUCCAAAAUGUUAGCCAUAUCUGGGAGAUCAGCACCGAGGAUUAUGAUUUUAUACAUGACGUUAACGCAAAAGGCCUCUUUCACUGUCUGGCCGAGCAAUUGGUGCCUGGAGUGAUGAAAGACGGAUCGAGCAUAGCCAGCGUCACAAGUUUGUGUGGGUUGCGAGGGCUACCAAGAUCAUCGGUUUACUGUAGCAGCAAGCACGCUGCUACGGGAUUGAUCAAGGCAGCGGCCAUGGAAGCUGGUGCUCGACAAAUUCGAGUGAAUGGAAUCGCCCCUGGCAUAAUUCAGACGCCAAUGCUCGCUCAGUCACUGGAGACCGACGAUUCAAAGGCACAGGACAUUUUUACGCCCAUCGCCCGAUAUGGCAAACCCGAAGAAGUUGGCUAUACUCUAUCAUUUCUUCUAAGUGACGAAAGCAAGUUUACCAGCGGCGCAAUAUACACUGUUGAUGGCGGGUGGAGCGCCUGA